UGCGGGCCCGGCCGGGCGGAGGCGGCUGUCCCGGGGAUCCCGGCCCCUCGUGCGUGUGACGUCGCCGCGUCUCGCGCUGCUCCGGGCCGGCGGCUGGAGGCUCCGGGCGGCGGGAGCUGCCGGGCUGUGUUCCUUCUGUACUGACGCUUCCUGUUCUGAAGAGCAGCAAGUCGCCUCUGCCUAGAACAAGACCCCGCAAGCGAGACUGGAGUUGUCUGAAACUGACCAGCAUCUCAGGAGACAGUAGGUAUUCAUCGGCCAUCUGUAUUUCUGAGCAAAGAUCGGCCAACGGCAAAAUGAAUUUACCAGGGAAAGAUGCGCACCGGCUUGGCUGCUUACUAACUGAAAGCUGAAGGUCUCCCAGCCUAUGUGCAGAGGAACAGAAUGCGGGUCACCAUGAGGCGGGUGUUGCUGGGGCUUGGCCUUGCGGUUGCCCUGAUGGUGACUGUGCACCUUGGCCAGCAGAUGUUGGAGUGCCAGGAGCUGCUGGGCAAGGGCUAUGGCAAGCGGACGCAUGGGCUGAUGAGACCAGAAAACGAAGAACUGGUUAUGGUGGACUCCAGUCGCAUCGAGUACCGGUACAGCAAGGAGAUGCCUCUGAUAUUUAUCGGUGGGGUCCCGCGGAGCGGCACGACUCUCAUGAGAGCCAUGCUGGAUGCGCAUCCAGAGGUCCGCUGCGGAGAAGAGACUCGCAUUAUUCCCCGGGUGUUGGCCAUGCGCCAGGCCUGGUCCAAAUCUGGGCGCGAAAAGAUGCGCUUGGAUGAAGCGGGAGUGACGGACCAAGUCCUGGACGCUGCCAUGCAGGCGUUUAUCCUGGAAGUCAUUGCCAAGCAUGGGGAGCCAGCCAGAUAUCUAUGUAACAAGGAUCCCUUCACGUUAAAAUCCUCUGUCUACCUUUCCAAGCUCUUUCCCAAUUCCAAAUUUCUGCUGAUGGUUCGAGACGGCCGGGCUUCUGUCCAUUCCAUGAUCACAAGGAAGGUGACGAUUGCAGGCUUUGACUUGAACAGCUACCGAGACUGCCUUACCAAGUGGAACAAAGCGAUCGAGGUGAUGUAUUCGCAGUGCGUAGAAAUUGGGCAGUCCAGGUGCCUGCCAGUCUACUAUGAGCAGCUAGUGCUGCAUCCCGAGCAGUCCAUGCGUGUCAUCAUGCAGUUCCUAGACAUUUCCUGGAGCGACGCAGUGCUGCACCAUGAAGAAUUAAUAGGGAAACCAGGCGGAGUCUCUCUUUCCAAGAUAGAAAGAUCAACAGACCAGGUUAUUAAGCCUGUAAACUUGGAAGCUUUGUCCAAAUGGAUCGGGCACAUUCCAGGGGACGUAUUGCAAGACAUGGCCCAGAUAGCACCAAUGCUCGCUAGGCUUGGCUAUGACCCAUAUGCAAAUCCACCCAACUAUGGCAACCCAGACCCCUUGGUAAUCAACAACACCCAGAGGGUUAUGAAGGGGGAUUUUAAAACACCAGCCAAUCUGAAAGGGCGUCUUCAGGUGAGAGAGCCCAGUGACUCCUCCGGGCUAGACCUUCAUUUCGGAUGGAUCUGUGGCAUGUCUGGUCCCUCACAUGAGGGGAGCAGCUCUGUCCUUGGGAUACCUGACUCACUUGCAUCUCCUGCUUCAGUCCAUCCAAAUCUCCACUGCACAGUUGUUCCUCUCUCGUCAUGCUGAUCAUGUCACGCCAACCACGGAUCCUUUCACUGGUGUCCUGUCUGGCUGCAUGAAAUUUUAGCUGCUGGUCAUCGCUAUCCAAGCCCUGCGUACACUCAUGCCCGCCCCACCUCCCCUCCUUCCUGCUAACGUUAUUUUCUCUCACUUCUGGCUUCUUGCUUGCUCUGGGGUGUCUGUGCAUUCAUCUGACAAACACACUUCCGCUGCCUCUAAUCCCUCUGGACAUGCUCUUCUCCCUGGGGCCCCUGACUCUUGAACUGCUGUUCUGGGUCUUGCUACAUGUGGAGUGGAAAGGGGGAGGGUGUCUGUCUAAUCUAGAGAAUGUAAAUGUCCCAGAACAUGGCUUCUGGUUCUGAUGGUUCUCUCAGUGU